AAGCUGCUGAGGGUACAAAAACACCAAAGAAGAAGAAGUAUCAGCAUAUUUGUCUAUUCUUGUAGGAUUUUAUCUUCCAGUUUUUAACGUUUUUGGCGAUGGAGAGCGUGAGAGCCGUGGUCUACCUGUCCGUCUGUCUGUCCGUGAUGACGUCACUUUGCCAAAGUCAGAGGUCGGCCGACAACCAUCUGCCGUCCGCACCGGACGAGCCGUUCAUGGGACUCACGACCAAAGACCUGGCUGAAGCUCUGCAGGGUUUCCUGGAUGAGGCUGACAGCGGUGUGGGUCUCUCUGUGGAGAAGAAAGCCAGCGUCAUCCCUCGGUGUGACGUCGGCGAGCGCUGUGCGAUGAAACACGGACCCCGGAUCGGUCGACUCUGUGACUGUCUGAGAGGAACAGCCUGUAACACCUUCUUCCUGCGAUGCUACUGAACUCACUCUAACACUCAUAUGUUUGGACUUCUAUACUUGUGAGGAUAUGACCCACAUCAGCAUGAGCGUAAAUCCUGAAACAGAUGUUUGAGGAAGCGAGGAGCAGCUUUAAAUAUCCUCAUAAACAUAGAAUACCUGUCUCACCUGUCUCACCUGGCUGUAUCUGCAUGUUUCUGUCUUUAAGUUUCAGUGUCUGUCCCUCAGAUUCAUUUAUUUUGUUAAAUAAAGAUUCUUCAUAAAGCU